UCGAUCGCGUCGAUUUCGAUUGCUUUUUUCGAUAGAUUUUUUUUGUCGAGUGUGCGAAUGCGAUAGUUGGAGUUGUUUUUUUUUUGUGGAGUUGUUGGUUUUUUUUUGUUGUUGUUCGCGUGGAUUUGGAAUAUGCCUGUGGGUAUGAUGGCGAAGAAUUACGCGCAUUGUCCGCUGAAGAAGAGGCCCAUCGUGUUCGAUGAUAUACCUGACGAACCAGAGAACCUCUCCACAAAACCGGAGGACCUCAGCCGCACCGGCCGCCUCGCCUCCAUCUCACCCCCAUCAUCACCCACCAUCUCCCCCUCAGCCACCCCCGAAUCCUCCAUCACCUCCACACCCCCCUCAUCGCCCCCCAUCCCCACGUCCCCCGCGCACUUCAUGUACCAACCCCCCAUCAAAGUCGAACCGCUGCGCGAGUACCCCCCCAUCAGCCCCGACUACGCCCCGCAGACCUGGCACCGCAGCGUCUACCACCCCUAUAUGUACCACUACAACGACAUGGGGUACCACUACCCCGCCUCGCCCUACAGCGAGAGCAGCCUCAGCCCGCCCCAUCACCGGCAGCCGCUGCAGCCGCUCGCCCUGCGCCCCGUCUACUCGGAGAGCCUCAGCCCCACCGGCAGCGGCGCCGCCUCGCCUCCUCUACCGGCGCCCCAAAGCCCCGAGGAUUCGUCGGAGAAGCGCCGCCAGGGGGCGCGCCACCAAUGCCCCGAUUGCGGCAAAAGCUACUCCACUUUCUCGGGGUUAUCGAAGCACCGGCAGUUCCAUUGCGCCGCCGGCGAGGGGCCCAAGAAGUCCUUCAGUUGCAAGUACUGCGAGAAGGUGUACGUCUCGUUGGGGGCCCUCAAAAUGCACAUUAGAACCCACACGUUGCCUUGCAAGUGCACCAUUUGCGGCAAGGCGUUCUCGAGGCCUUGGCUGUUGCAGGGGCACAUCAGGACCCACACGGGGGAGAAGCCCUUUUCGUGUACCUAUUGCAAUAGGGCGUUCGCCGAUCGGUCGAAUUUGAGGGCCCAUCUGCAGACGCAUUCGGACGUGAAGAAGUACUCGUGUUCGACGUGCAGCAAGACCUUUUCGAGGAUGUCGUUGUUGACGAAGCACAACGAAGGCGGCUGUACGUUGGUGCAUUUGGAUAAGAUGUGUUGAUGGGAGAUGUUUUUGGGGGAAUUGACGUGCGUUCGGACGGUUCCUUUUUUGGGGGAAUUGACGGUUCCCUUUGCGGCGAUGUUUUUGGGGGAAUUGACGGUUCCUUUUUGCGGCGAUGUUUUUGGGGGAAUUGACGGUUCCUUUUGCAGUAUUUUUUUUUCGUUCUAUAAGUGCCUUGGAUUCGAAACGAAACGAUUUUGUUAAAAGACUGACGAUUUUUUAUAUGGAAAAAAUGUAUAUUUACCGAGUAGGUUUUUUUUUUUUUGGUCUAUUGUAUCAUUAUUUUUCGUCGUAUUUUGUACAAAUCUCUAUAAGGGUAGGAUUAGUUGUUCGAAGAUAAAAGUUAAUAUAUUUUUUAUUUGUAUAUAUUUCGAGGAUAUUUUUCUAGUCAACAAACGAUCGGAUGAUAAUAUAGGGGGCGUUUUAGCUUCUUCUAAUGUUAUAUUGCCAUUUGUAUAGUGCCUUAAUUUUUACUACACAGAUUUUAUUAUAUUUAAUAAACAAGUUAU